AUGUUGCUCACCAUAUUUUAUCUCCUCCUAACAUCCGAGCUCGCUCAAGCUCAGUCCACUGGUACUAUCAGCCUAUCUUCACCACAAUCAUGUAUCAUAGUGGCACAGAUAACGGCCCUAGAAUCACCUAAUGCCAUCACGUCGAUGAUACCGAUUUGUCCAUCUUCACCUUCAGUAUCGAUAAAUUGGCCAAUGUCAGAAGCUGGAGAUGGAGCUGGGUCCAGUAUAGGUGUCUAUAGUCAGCUAGAUGGAGGUCAUGCGGGAUGUGUGAUGAGUAUGAGUCAGAUGAUAGCCAUGUAUCUUCUGGGAAGAACGUUAAGAUGGGAUGAAAGCGGACAGCUGUACGAUGAGGGAGCUGGAGAACAGGUAGUAGAUCCUUUGAAUCAGCAGAUCCUGACUUGCUCCUCAGCAAAUCGAAUGCUGCCUUCUGACCUGAUCUUACCUGAUCCCACUUCCUUACCCAAAGAUGACCCCAUGUGGCAGCAGACCAUCAUCCUCGGCGACAAUUCCGCUUCUACAAUGGAACCUGCAGACGAACCUACAUCAAGUAUUGCUCUAUCCGAAACUUCCUCCAUAUCUUCAAGCAUUGAGACCUUCACUUCAACUCCUUCCCAAUAUACCGAAAAUACUUCAACAGCAUCCACAACCGAGGUUUCUUCAAGUGCUACGGCCAUCGAAAGCGCUUCAUCUCUCAGUGCCACUGGAACCCUCACAGCAGCCUCUCUCCUAGGUUCGAGUGGGUCAGCGAGCACCUCGUCUCCUCAGGGGGUGACGGUUACCGCAACAGACUUCCCUGUCUCAAUAGCUCAACCAGUCGUCAAUGCGACGUCGGUCGAAGCAGGCACCUCCACGACAUCCGAAAGCACCGCAGCUGGCUCGACCUCAGCACCCUCCGAUACCACCACUAAGAUACUGGAAGCAGCCACUGAAACAGCAAAGCCGACCACCACUUCGGAAUAUGACGUGGCUCCCACUGAGGACUCCGCUGAUGCAUCCGGUACUUCAGCAUCGUCUUCUAGUAGCUUGGAAACCCCACCACUUCAGGCUACAGCAACUUCAGACUCUUCCUCGCAGACUGCCCAGCAGCCGACAGCUACUAUCGCAGUAGACUCUACCAGUCCCACUUUCUCAUCAUUGUUUGUGUCUGAUACUACUACAAUAGUGAUAGAGGCGACAUCUGCCACCGAGCUGAUCUCUUCUUCCGCGGUGGAACCUGAGCCGGAAACCUCGUCAACUGUCCCUUCUCUUGAUAUUUCUGGCCCUUCGGUCACUGCUACCGGUGGUGUCACAUCUCAAGAACCGCUACCUUCUUCGUCAACUUCACAAUCAAGCGAUGGGAUCUCACCAUCCUCUCGGACCGAAACGGCCCCAAGUCAAGCGACGACUGUGUCUUCGGAUAGUACCAGCAAUGGUGUAAUUGCUAUCGAGACUUCUGUCACUACCUCACCUUUCGAGCCAGCUUCGACCGAGUCUUCCUUGACUGAAUCGAACGAUUCGAUGACUUCUGGCACGACAACAUCACCCGCAACAACUCCAGCUGAACCGCAAGAAACGGGUACCGAAACAAUCAAUGUCAGCUCAACGUCCAACACUGCCACUCCAGCCCAACCUUCCUCGACAAAGGCAGGAAGUGAUGAUCUCGAUAUCCCGAGUGUACAUAUCGAGCCAUUUACACUCACUCCGGAAUCUACCACUACUUUUCCAACUGGAAGCUCAACAAAUGCACCGCAUGCAACUACUGCUACGGUCGGCACCAGUGUGGCGGCGUCAUCUGAGAAUGCCACUCACACCUUGACUGGUACAGUGCCUGUGAGCGAUACAGAAUCAGAGGUUUACGUAGAUCAGACUAUCACGAUUUUUGUGCAGCCUACUAGUCUAGCUACGGAGCUUACUUCGUCUACCAACAUGAUCUCCGACAGUCCCUCCCAAGAAUCCUCUGCCAUUCUCAACACCGAAUCAACUGAGACCGCCUCUCCAGAUUCUUAUCCAAGUCCCACAUCGGUCUCUUUCGAUAUACCAAGUCCUGAAGAUUCUCUGGAGCCCAACAGUAUAUCAUUCGCUCAACAUGCUGCCACUAUGUCACCCGUCACUGUCACUGCUACGAAGACUACCAGAGUCGGCGCCGAAGCCUCUUCAAACAAAAAGGCGAUGAACUCUGCCAGUAGCGAACCGCUCUCUAAUUCCUCUGUCUCAACGUCAACAGAAAAGGCUACCCUCAGCGCAUCGAACGUGUCCUUCACUGGGCCUGGGACCGAUGUACCCUCACCGAUAUCAACUACCGAUACUACAAGCUCGAGCAGUGAUCUACCAACGACAGCUCGGGAAGUGUCCGAAAGCCUUCAGCUGCCAUCAGGCUAUUCGAGUUCUGCGCCAGAGUUCAGUGCUUUGCCCAUACACCAAGCGGCUGUCAACACUGCUCUUCCUGAUACCGCUUCUGAGACAGAGUCCCAAUCCGACUAUCGCACUUCAAGUGAAGAUUCCAGUAGCGAUAUCGCGCCAAGUAUCAGUAUUGCUACCUUGGGUUCUGACUUUGCAAGGUCACUCAGUGCAAGUAAGAAUGGCAGCUCCAAUACAGGUACAGACGAUACCCUUGCAAAGGUAUCCGCCACAUCAACCGCUGUGCGAACAGACACAGAGCCCAGUCUGGCAAUGCACAGACGGCGCCAUCGGCGUGCUAGACGAAGUAUGAUGAGUAGUCGAUGGGGUCCUGGAGGAGGAAUGGGUGGUUGGGGCGGAGGUGGAAGAAGUGGCUGGGGAGGAAGUUGGGGUGGAGAAUGGGGAGGUGAUGAAGAGGAAGAUUCUGGAUUUGGAGGUUGGGGAGAAGCUAUUGCUGAGGGUAUAGGUGAAGGAGCUCAAGGUGGUAGUGCUUUGGUGAAUAGUAAUGCCAAAGCGGAGCCACUCGAGCAGCCACAACAAACUGUUGAGACAGCUGCACCUGCUAUACCUUCCCUUUCCCUCGCUUCAUCUCCUUCUGAGAGUGAUGCACCUUCACCUACUAGAGAUCAAGGGGCUUCUACCUCACAGUAUCUCUCUUAUACCUCCCUGAUUGGUUCUACCGGUCAAGCAGCUGGCUCGACCAUUAGGCAGAGUUAUCUUCACAGUUCUGCCGGUUCACCACAACCUACCCAGCCGGCAGCACCUGUGGCCAGUUCUCCCUAUCUCCCCAGCAGAUCAAUAGCUAUCAUGUCUUCAUAUGAAGCUUCAUCGUCAACCCCGCCGCCUUCGCGUAUUGUCAAGCCAGCUGCAAGCUCGGUGGAAGCUACAAGUUCGAGAAAACCAGCUACAUACUCUUUUGGUCUCGCAACAUCCGAGACCGCUAUGCUGACUUCCGAGGAUGUAAUGACUAUACAGACCGAGAUGGAUCCAUCCAAGUUCGACACCGCGCAGUCCGCUGCUUCAUCGUUUUCUCAUGACGAAACCCUCUCAGAUGAGAUAGUAACUUCUACCUGGCUAUCUAAAACGCCUCCAUCAACUCCUGUCCCCGAAGCCAGUGCAUCCAAUUCUCGACCGCAAGCACCAGACUCGAGCAAGGGUUCAAAGUCUCAUUCCGCCAAUGUUGCAACCACAGCCACUUCUACAUUUCAGAAAUCGGUUACGAAGACCGAAACUUUCCAGCACACAACAACGCAACUCUCAACUUUUCAUGAUCUAAUCACUGAAACAUCUUCAACUACAGAUAUCUCCACUUUCCAAUCGUUCACAACGGAUAUAGAAACUUAUCAAACCUCCAUUACUCGAACUUCUUCAGCUACUGCCACUGAAUUUACAACUUCAACGGAUGUAUCUACUUUUCGUGCGUCAACUACUGAACUUCUUUUAACUACUAUAACUGAUACUUUAACUUUUGGAACUUCAAUCACUCAAACAGCUUCAACUACCACAACCGAUUCUACCACCGAAACAUCCACUUUUCGGACUUUAGCUUACGAGACAACCACUUUGCAAACUUCCACAACGGCCACUUCAACUGCUAUAAUCACCUCUACGUCCACACAGCUACCCACCACCACAAGCAGUUCGACUUCAACGGCGAGUGAGAGCUCAUCUGCCUCCUCCCAUACAUCAAGUGCUGGAACGCCUUCAUUCACAGGUGAACGUCCGUCUUCGUCGGCUCCAGCAUCGAUUACUUCAUCCUCAUCAUCAUCCUCUACCGAACAGCCACCACCUUACUCCUCUAUUAUACAAUCUUCAACCGAACGACCAUCUCCAGCCUCAUCCUCUGAAGGACGACCACCACCAUCGUCGUCAUCCUUACCCGAGAGUAGGGAGGAGCCCUGGACAGAAACUCCCUCCUCAUCUUGGUCUGAACCAGCAUCAGAUUCAUCCCAACCGACCGAGUCCUUAUCUUCCUCUGAACCACCACCCUCUUCUGUUGUUGAAGAUCCUCCCACUGAAGAACCGACUCCCGACCCUGAGCCUGAAUCUGAGCCUGAUACAGGUCCACCGGUAUUCUCAGUAGACGGCUCAGCAGUAGGUCAAUUCACAGGUCCAGGUCCUGCAGCAAGAUCGCUUGGCGAUAGGGAUCGCCGGAGAGCAAAACCCACUAAACGAGGCUCAGCGGUGACCGUUCCUUUACCGACAAUCACGUCGAGAUCGAUACCGAGUCCCGCUAGAUUUGCCACUGCCAUUGGACCAACACCUACUGGAAAUGUACGCCCAUCACUAGGGAAAGAUGAUAGUCAAAUAAGACUAAAAAGACAUGUUCUACGGUCAAGAAGGAGAUACGGGAAUCGAAUUUACACAAUUUUAGGUUAA